UCGGUUAUGGAAUACACUGCGGUCCCCGCGCUCAUUGAUACACUAUCGUACUUGUUUAGGGAAUUACUUCUUGUGCAGUUGUGAGCAAAACGGGGAUAUAAGCUUGAGUCCAUCGGUAGUUAUCGUUAUAUCGGCACUGAACUGAGUUGUUGGGCGUGUUAUAAGUGUAAACAGGCCUAGUAUUGACCACCGAUAGUAAACUGAACUUUUCCGAGACCCAAAGUUGUCAGGCAGCGCAUGUUGCACGCAUGCGCAUCCUUCUAUCCAGCAGCUCUAAAUAAGAGUUAAAACAGAAACGAGGUUGGUCAUAUCAGAGGAGUGGGAAUGACCGACACCCCACCCAGUGAUGGCCCCUCCCAGGGAGCUGAGUUUGAUAUGAUGGGUGCCCUGGACUGGAAGGAUGGUAUUGCCACGCUGCCAGGCAGUGACAUCAGGUUCCGCAUGACAGAGUUUGGGACUCUUGAGAUCGUCACAGACCUGGAGGUCAAAGGUCAGAAGCCAGAGCCUAACCGCAAGGCCUUGGACCCAGCACAGUCUCACACGCCCACUCCUCCACCGGAGGGCCAAUCACAGACUGGCAAAGCUGCAGCUUCAGCCAAUCAGAGUCAGCCAGGAUCGUCUCAAAGUAAAGCCCCCGGUCCUGUUCUUCUGUCUCUAGAGGAAGGCCCCAGUAUGGAGGGCCCCAGUGUGGAGGUUGGUCCCAGUGUGGAGGUUGGCUCUAACGCAGUCAUGGGCCCAAACGGGGAGCUGUCAAGGUGCCGGGCCUGUGGUGGCUGUGUUCCCCGGGACGCCCUCCUUCAGGGCAAAUUCUGUAGUUCUACUUGUGCCCAGCCCUCCAGCGGCAGAUCAUCUCCAGCAGAAGCAAGGGAGAGUCAAGCAGUUGAGGGUGAGAGGCUGGGGAAACGUGUGCGCAAAAAGAGGAAAAUCUAUAUGGAUUCUGGUGAUGAAGAGGAAGACAACCAAGAAGAACCUGAGGAAAAGGCCAAGACGACCAAGGGAAGAAGAGGUGCCAAAAUUGCUAAACUGGUGAUUGCACCAGUCAAUAAGAAGCGGGCAUGGAGCUGGCCGGCUUACUUGGAAGAGGAGAGAGCCAUCGCUGCUCCUGUUAAACUAUUCAAAGAGCACCAGACAUUUCCUCAGAGCAGGAACAGUUUUAAGGUGGGGAUGAAGCUGGAGGGGCUGGACCCAUCCCACCCCUCUCUGUUCUGUGUACUCUCUGUUGCAGAGAUCCAAGGCUACAGAGUAAGGCUCCACUUUGAUGGUUACCCAGAAUGCUACGACUUCUGGGCCAAUGCUGACUCGUGGGAUAUGAAACCAGCUGUUUGGUGUGAGAAGAACGGGCAUAAGUUAUUGUUGCCGAAAGGUUGUAAGGACGGAGAGUUUAAUUGGAGCAUGUAUGUGAAGAACUGUAGGGGUCAGCUGGCCCCAAAACACCUUUUCAAAAGCCUCAACACAUCUGUGACUCCAUCUGGAUUCAGAGCAGGGAUGAAGCUGGAGGCGAUCGACAGGAAAAACCCCUCGUUGAUCUGUGUAGCAACCAUUGCUGCUGUUGUUGACAACCGGCUGCUCAUUCAUUUUGAUAAUUGGGACGACACUUAUGAUUAUUGGUGUGACGCUAGCAGUCCGUAUAUACAUCCUGUGGGAUACUGUGAAGAGGCUGAGCUAACUCUGACCACCCCAGCUGGUAAGACACAGACCAAGACACACGUGGAAUAUAAGCAACCUAAAAGUUUCUCAUGGGAGAGAUACCUGGAGGAGACGAGCACACAGGCGGCUCCCGCUCGGGCUUUCAAACCGCGACCUCCACAUGGCUUCCAGAUCGGGAUGAAAGUGGAGGCUGUGGAUAGGAGGAACCCCAUGCUGAUCCGUGUUUCAACCGUAGUGGACACAGAGGACCAUCGACUAAAGAUUCAUUUUGAUGGCUGGAGUUCAGAGUACGACUAUUGGGUGGAGACGGACUGCCCUGAUCUGCACCCUGUAGGAUGGUGUCAGAAAACCGGACACCCACUGCAAUACCCCAACGGCUCCACUGAGUUAGUGACCGCCCCGGGACAAGGAUGUCCUACCCCAGGAUGCAACGGGGUUGGCCACAUCAGAGGACCUCGCUAUGGGACACACUACACUGAAGUGAGCUGUCCCUACUCGGAUGUUAAUCUGAACAAAGAGGGCUUGCUGCCAGAUCGCCUCAGCGGAGAACGGCCCGUCGCCCUCAGUGGACCUCAUCCACGUGGGCGACGUCCGGACCCUCCCACAAACACUACGACGCAGACCUCCACAACCUCAGAACAGCCCGAAGGAUCUGAAGACCCUCAGAACAGGAAACCGGUGACAGUGGAAGCUGAGCGUUUGGGACGUAUUGCUCAGCCGGAGCCAGCAGGUGGAGCCAUCGAGCAGAGCCACAAUGGAACAAGGCCUAAACGAACUGCUCCCGUUCCCAAAUACUUGAAAAUGCACUACGUCAAAGAGGAGAUCGGCCACGGUAAAGCCUCUCCAGAUGCCAUCUCUCUCCAGCAGGCCCUCCACGAGUCAGUGUUCUCCCCCGGCCUCUCCGCCUCCCCCCCUCACCGGGUGGCUCUCUGCUGGGACAAACACUGCCAGCUGCUGCCUGAGGUCCUGGGGCUGACUGCCAAGAGAGUGGCCACUUGGAGCGCAGAGGAGGUCGCCACAUUUGUCAAAGGUCUACCAGGAUGUAAAGAACACGCUGCUACAUUUAAAACAGAGCAAGUAGAUGGCGAGGCCUUCCUGCUGCUCACCCAGGCGGACAUCGUCAAGAUUCUGUCCAUCAAGUUAGGACCCGCCCUGAAGAUCUUCAACUCCAUCCUGAUGUUGAAGAACGCAGACGAAGAGUAGAAACUCUAGAGACUGAAGAGGAGUCACUCCCUCUCUACCGGCCCUGGUUUCAUCGACACUCAGCUAUGAAGACUUUUGAUCAAAUCAGCUGCAACAGGUUGUGUCUGUCGAGCUCUGCAACAGAGACAGAAGUGGAAGCCAUCAUCUCAGAAAAACGUCCACCCCCCCCCCCUCUCUCCAUGAUGGACAGUACUGAUCAGCCUGAGGGAGAGUUCUCCUCCAUACUUUAAGUUUCUUGAUCUCUAUCGUGUUUGUUUACUGAAUCAUUCAAAAAAGAACUACAGGCACCUUCAAUGCUUCUUAACAUUGUACAGUUUUUGAAUUGGAUUUAGUGUUGCAUUAUUGAACUGCGAUGGUGCUUGGGCGAAGAGCAGAUGGAACGAGAGCGUUUGCGCUUUGUUGCAUUUACUUGGCAACAGUUUUUCUUUCUUUUCUUAAAGCUGCAAAAUACAAUCGUGAGGUGGCGAGAGGUUUUUAAAAUGUGAAACCUAGUGGAGCAGAAGCACUAUGUAGUUCAGCCGGUCUCCUCUAGAUGGAGAACGUGGGCAACUCCACAGGCCCCGAAGGCGAGACAGUUUGAUUAGAUUGGAGUUGGCUGAAGCUCAGAUUGAAAGGGGGAUGGUAGAGACUUUGUGUGUUUGUGUGUUCAGAUGUGAGAGUGUUUGAGAAAUGAGGGUGUAAUUCCCCAUCAGCCCACGUGUGCUUUUCUGGUCAGAGGAUUGUUUUGUGACAAGCAUGGCUAAGGGCUAAAUGUUAGAUCUUGCAGUUUAAAUAGGAACAAGACAACGAACCAGCUCUCUCUCCAUCUCCUUUGUUUGUUAAUGGGAACGGCACAUGAAAAUGAAUGUUUAAAAAACAGCUGUUUUGUUGAUAUUAUCUUGUUUAUUUUCAUUCAUAUUGUAAAUAGUAUACAGCUACAAACGGACUGUCCUCGCUCCAUAACAGUUUACUCCUGCUUGGUUAUGCAAAGGCUUAACAUCUGUCCACGAGGGAAAGACGUUGUGACAGUGGAACAUACGAGCCUCAAUUCAUACAAAGACUUUGAGAAAAAAAGAAACAUAACAAACAUGAUCAGUGUCUUUGUAAAUCAGCGUGUACUUCACCGAGUUGGAAUGUGGACAUCAAGCAACUGUUUAUAUGCGAACGGCUUUUAUUUAUGUAUUCUAAUUUAAAGGGCAAUGGUACGCUGUUUUUGGCUCCGAGGUAAGCUGUGUCUCUGACGGAAAGUGUGUGAAUGGUUGAAAAUAAAUGAUAUGCACACUG